GUGUGGAGUGCUGUUGACGCUCUUUAGGCUACCCGGGAAGUUAGUGAGCACAGCUGUGCGGUGGUUAUAGCAACAGCUCAAGCCACCUUUCUUUUCCAGCGCCUGUUUAUUCAGUAAGAAAAAUACGCCGGCAGUGAGAGGGCGAUUAAAAGAACGGCUACAGCUACAGCCAACUAAAAAACACUUGCCAUACAAUUUAUAGCAUAUAUUAAAUCUUCUUUUUUUUUGUAAAGUUAAAGAGUAAAAAAAAGUCUUCGCAAUUUUCGCAAUGCAAACGGCAACAAAGUACCUGAAAUACACCCAGCUUCUUGCCAGUCUAGUGCUCGUGGCUUGUGUAACCACCGCGGCGGCCAGUUCAUGCGCCGGCUGCGUGGAUUUGGAUGAGCUGAACUUCGAUCAAACGGUCGAGCGGUUUCCCUACGCGCUAGUCAAAUUCGAUAUUGCCUUCCCUUAUGGUGAUAAACAUGAGGCCUUCGCGGCAUUCUCGAAAACUGCGCACAAAGUUACCAAGGAGCUGUUGGUCGCCACUGUCGGCAUCAAAGACUACGGCGAGAAUGAAAACAAAGAGCUGGGUUUGCGUUUCAAGGUGGACGAUAAGAGCUUUCCGGCUAUUUUGCUCUUCAAGGCUGGCAAGUUGGAGCAGUAUGUGCGCUUUCCCACACACCUGGAUGUGACAUUGGACAAUUUGAAGCAAUUUGUGACGCAGCACACGGAUUUGUAUAUCGGACGCGACGGUUGCCUCAAGGACUUUGAAGAAUUGGUGAAGAAAUAUGCCAACAAAGAGAAUGCCGAACAAGUGGCGUUAAUAACGAAAGCAGAGCAAAUGUUGCAAGGUGUGGCAGGCGAUGAGACGAAGUCGGCGAGUGCUAAAGCUUACCUGGUUUAUAUGCGAAAAAUCAAUGAGAAGGGUUACGACUAUGUGGAGGACGAGACCAAGCGGCUGCAGCGGCUAAAGGCUGGCAAGGUGACGGAUGCCAAGAAAUUGGAAUUGCAGCGAAGACUCAACAUACUCGAGGCAUUUCGUGUCAACAAGCUGACGAAGUUGAGGAGCAGUGAAGCGGAGCUCUAAAUCCAGGGCUACAUCAAGCAGAUAAAAAUUAAAUGAAGUGAAGUGCUUUUAAUCCAUAUAAGAGACAUACAUAUGUAUAUACAAAUACAACAAAAUCAUAAUGUAGUUAAUUAAGUGUGUGUGUGACGGGACAAAAGCGGCAAUAACACAACAAUUUAACGGUGAAAAGCGUUUGUAACGCGUAACUCUGCGCUUCAACUAAAUUAUAUUAGUUAAUACACAUGUAUGUCUGUAUGUAUGUACAUAAUAGUUUAUUUUCGUUUCAUUUAAUAAAUUAUUAGUUAGAUUUAUAUAAAUAAACUGUUUGUUAGUGUGCGUA